AUGGAGAAGGACGCAGACGGUUUUUAUACCCCGAAACUGGAAGCUUCUGCACCACUUGCACAGGAUGAAAGCAAGGACACGAAGGAGGUGGAGCAGCCUGAGCCUGUUCCAUCUUCAAGUUGUGCGUACAGCCGCAAUACCAAACUGUUAAAUGACUCGCUACAUAUUCAGGUCACACUUGCAGACCAGCAGGCCGACCCGAAUUCCCCUUUAUUCAGCGCCAAAACAUUCGAGGAGCUUGGACUCCAUCAAGAUCUAUUGAAGGGUCUCUAUGAUCUUGGUUUCUCGAAGCCGUCGAAGAUCCAAGAGCGUGCUCUCCCGCUACUGCUCGCGAAUCCUCCUCAGAACAUGAUCGGACAAUCGCAAUCUGGCACAGGCAAAACUGCCGCAUUUGUGCUUACCAUGCUGAGUCGUGUAGAUUUCUCCAAGAACAAGACACAGGCACUGUGUCUAGCUCCUUCACGAGAACUUGCACGUCAGAUCAUGUCUGUUGUCGUUGCUAUGGGCAAAUUUACUCCAGUUCAGACGGAGUACGCAAUUAAGGAUAAUCUUCCCAAGGGCACAUCACGGAUAACUGCACAUAUUGUUGUCGGGACUCCGGGCACAAUGACAGAUCUUUUAAGAAGGAAGGUCAUUGAUACAUCUGAAGUCAAGGUGUUCGUUCUCGAUGAAGCGGAUAACAUGCUUGAUCAGGAUGGACUUGGUGACCAGACACUGCGGGUGAAGAACCUUAUUCCCCGAACAGGCGUCCAAAUUAUCCUGUUUUCAGCAACAUUCCCCAAUCAUGUCCGCAAUUUCGCUAGUAAAUUUGCUCCCAAUGCGAACAAGAUCGAGCUUCAGAGGGAGGAACUCUCUGUGGAAGGCAUCCGACAAUUUUACAUGGAUUGCAGAAAUGAAGAACACAAAUACGAUAUCCUUGUGUCUCUGUACCAGCUUUUGACCAUCGGUCAGAGUAUCAUCUUCUGCCAGCAUCGCCAUACAGCAGAUAGAAUAUCACAACGCAUGUCAGCUGAGGGUCACAAAGUGGCAUCACUGCAUGGUGCCAAGGACGCUGCAGAGCGUGACGCAAUUAUUGACAACUUCCGUGAAGGACGGGACAAAGUCCUUAUUACGACGAAUGUCAUCGCACGUGGCAUCGACAUCAUGCAGGUCAACAUGGUAGUGAAUUACGACUUGCCAUUGAUGAACGAGCGGGGAAAUCAACACUCCAAUGACGCGAGACCCGACGUUGAGACGUACAUUCACCGUAUUGGUCGCACUGGUCGCUUCGGACGCAAGGGUAUCUCAAUAAACUUCGUCCAUGACCGCCAAACCUGGUCACAAAUGGAGGAGAUUGAAAAGACACUGAACAGGAAGAUUAUCCGCAUACAGACCGAUGAUCUGGAGGAGAUGGAAGAGGUACGUGCAUAA